CGGGCGAGUAGCUCCUUCCAGCUUUCCAAGGGCUCCAAUGUUCUUUCGGUGACUUGUUGCUGCCAUUUUCUAUGGGUGGAUACAUUGUGGCUACUUCUUGAUAUUAAUGACUCAGGCAGCAAACCCCGAACUGUUUGCGACCUCUGAGUGGCUGGCCACGCUCUCUAGCCUCGUUUUGCUGUGGCUCACUCCCUUGUUCGUACUUGGGUAUCCGGACCAAGCAUUGAAAAAGCAAUGCUGGGUGAUUGGAAUGGGCCCUGACACUGACAGUACAUCUACGGAGCUACCUAUGAUCUGGCACUCUAGCUACGACGUCGAGACAGAGACUGAGAAAGGGGAUAGACAGAAAGGAAGGUGGCCUCAACGUCCAAUUCUUCCCGAGAUCUGCCUCUUCCUUCCAUUGACCUGUGCCUUGGAAGUUGACAGGUGACGACGUGUAAAAAUACGGAAUGAGAUGAAGUCGGAGACGGGACGGAUACGUAUAGUAUACGCUCCGGGGCCGACUAAGCGUGUCAUAGGUGUUCGUACGGAUACUGGAGGUGUCGAAGGCGCAAAAGAUACUUAGCUGUCGCGAGUUUGAAAAGCCCGUUCGGUCACAAGUUCAUUCUGGGCCCCUCACCUCCCUCGGCUUUCCAAAAUGGUUCCCGCAGCGAGAUGACGACUCUGACCUGCCGCCUGAGGACGCGAGAUUGAUU